UGUUUAAGGGAUAUAUCGACAGUGCAAGCCAAAGGCAGUUUAAUGUAUCUUAUGUUGAGGCAUUUUCUUGACACUCAGUUUGAAACUUGUUUCCUGAGCAAUGGCAAAGUAGAAAGCUUACCGGCAAUGUUUUGGGAAUAUUUCGACGCGGCUCGAAGCCUCGGGAAUUCAGCGGGCGGCACGAGCGAGUGAGACAUGGACAACUCUGUCACCCUGUGGCAGUUCCUUCUCCAGCUUCUAUUGGAUUCCAGUAAUGAUCAGCUGAUCUGCUGGACCAAUGAGGAAGGGGAGUUUAAACUGCUGCAGGCAGAGGAGGUGGCCCGGCUGUGGGGAGCCCGAAAGAACAAGCCCAACAUGAACUAUGACAAACUCAGCAGGGCUCUCAGAUACUACUACGAUAAGAACAUCAUAAAGAAGGUGAACGGUCAGAAGUUUGUCUAUCGCUUCGUGUCCUAUCCUGACAUCCUAAAAGGAGAGGUCCCUACCCGGACUGAGGGCGUUGAUGUGGGCGGAGGGGGCACCCCUCACCUAUUAAAGAGGGGAGACAGUACCUCACAGGAGGGUGAGUCAGGCGACCGCAGUAGCACAGCAGCUCUGGGCUCCAGCACCAAGCAGUCGAACCGCAACGACUACAUCCACUCCGGCCUGUACACCUCCUUCACCCUCAACUCGCUGCAAAAUGGACGCCAGCUCUUCAAGUCCAUCAAAAUAGAAAACCCGGCAGAGAAGUUGGCCGACAAGAGAGGUCCCGCCGUCACGGCCCAGAGCCGGGAGCAGUCGCCUCAGCCUCAGCAGCCGGCUGCUUUGCCGUCCGUCAUCAAGUUUGGAAACACCCCUCCGAAGCCAACACCAGCACAGUCCGCUCAUGUUGUCAUGGAGACGACCCUGAUGGCCAGCCACUUAGAGCCCCUGCGAGCUCCACCCCCGAGGGUUGGAGAAUUCCGCACACACUCCUCCCUGCCGUCCCAUUCUGUCUACACGUUUGAACACAUCCGGCCAUCGGAGUCAACGUUCAGCCUGCCGGACCUGAUCUCGGGCAGCCCGUCCCCGAGCCUCGUGCCUGACUCAUCCCACGAGCUGGUGAUUGACAGCGACAUGGAGUCGGGAUCUUCUCAACCUGCGGACGCUCAGGCACCAGAUCGCUCAGACGCUCAGGCGCAUGAGAAGGUGGACAGUGGCAUGGGUUUGUCUGGAGACGAGACCAGUUUUGUGGACGUCGAAACCAGUUCGUCGUCACUAAGCAGCAGCACCACGCUCAGCACUCUGAACUCAGGGAAGUCACGCAAGCCGCCGAAAAUCCUGCAGAUCAGCCCGCCAACUCUGCUGGUCACCGCCUCCGACUUCUCCCCCAUGAACCUCUGCAGCCCGUCGCUACCGACGGCCUCUCUCACACCAGCAAUGCUACAGACUCCCACUCUGUUGCUGACUCCCAGCCCUCUGCUGUCCAACAUCCACUUCUGGAGCACGCUCAGUCCAGUCGCUCCCCUCAGCCCAGCCACGCGACGCCAGGGAGCCCACCUGUUCCAGUUUCCGUCGGUCCUCACCCCUCAGUUCCAGAUCCCCGUGCACAGCCUGGAUGGGACCAACACGCCCGGCCCCAUUACCCCAGACCCUCAGAAGACAUAGGAUUAA